CGCCUGGCAGGGUUGCUGUGCACUAACGCACAAGGAGGGGGGGCGGAAGAGUCCCCUACAGCUGUCGAGAGCAUCACUAACAAGCUGGUCGGAUAACAGUGAGCCCUCCCGCAAAAGUCCACCGCAUGUCCAUGUGGGCAUUGAUCCGCGCGUGACAGAUCAACGCCUCUAAAGCAGCCCUUAGGUUCAGGGUUUGCCCCUCCUGACCAGCACCAAUCUGAGAUGGAUAGAAAGAGGGGGCGGGAAGGUUAGUUUGAAGAGGGCAGAGCUUUGCGAGAGGACGCCGAUUUCCCUUAUUAUUUCACCGCUGGAGAAGAAAAAAAAACCCGAACCCAAUGGACAAUAACAGCUGAGGGAGAAAUCACUCGGACCAAGCGUCAGAACCUCAUUAACUCCAAGGAAACCCAGUCGGGAGAGAGAGAGGGAGAGAGAGAGAGAGGGAGAGAGAAGAAACAACAAAUACACAUCCCUUUAUUGCAGCUGGAGUCCUCUGUUGAAACUGAUAUGGCUGCUUCACUUUGGAAGCCUAAAUCACUGCACAUGGGCUUGUGGAUCUUCCUCCUGCUCCUCAACCUCCUUCCUGCAGCCAGGGCCGUGGUUGGACACAGAGAGCCGUUGCCUGAUGAUAGUAAAGACAAUAUCACCAUUUUCACACGAAUCCUAGACAGGCUGUUGGAUGGAUAUGACAACAGGCUACGUCCAGGGCUGGGAGAGAGUGUGACAGAAGUGAGGACAAACAUCUAUGUGACGAGUUUUGGGCCAGUGUCGGAUACAGACAUGGAGUACACCAUCGAUGUCUUCUUCCGUCAGAGUUGGCGAGAUGAGAGGCUGAAGUUUGACGGGCCCAUGCAAGUGUUACCCCUCAACAACCUCCUGGCCAGUAAGAUCUGGACUCCUGACACCUUUUUCCACAACGGAAAGAAAUCAGUGGCCCACAACAUGACGACUCCUAACAAACUGCUACGACUAGUCGACAACGGCACGCUUCUCUACACGAUGAGGUUGACUAUUCAUGCCGAGUGCCCCAUGCACCUGGAGGAUUUCCCGAUGGAUGCACACGCCUGUCCUCUGAAAUUCGGAAGUUAUGCUUACACCAACAACGAGGUGAUCUACCUGUGGACCCAGGGAGACGAGAGGUCUGUGGCUGUUGCAGAGGAUGGCUCCAGGCUGAACCAGUAUGACUUACUGGGACAUGUUAUUGGCAAAGAAACCAUCAGUUCCAGCACAGGAGAAUAUGUAGUGAUGACAACAUAUUUCCAUUUGAAAAGGAAAAUUGGCUAUUUUGUGAUUCAAACCUACCUCCCGUGCAUCAUGACUGUCAUACUGUCUCAGGUCUCCUUCUGGCUAAACAGAGAAUCGGUUCCUGCUCGCACUGUAUUUGGGGUCACCACUGUCCUAACCAUGACCACCCUGAGCAUCAGUGCUAGAAACUCCCUUCCUAAGGUGGCCUAUGCCACAGCCAUGGACUGGUUCAUGGCUGUGUGCUAUGCCUUUGUCUUCUCUGCCUUGAUUGAGUUUGCCACAGUCAACUACUUCACCAAGCGCAGCUGGGCAUGGGAUGGGAAAAAAGAGGGCAUGGAAAUAAGGCCAAAUGGAACAGGGACAGUGGGGCGGAACUGUGGGAGCAGAAAGAGAGGUAAACUCCCAGAGACACUGGCCCUGAUUCAGAAUGGCAGCAUAUGUUUCAUCCUAAAGUUAGUGGAGGCUCAUUUCCCCCCAAAAAGAUGGCACCCUUACAUCUAG